AUGGCACGUUCCAGAUGCAAUGGAAAGCUGCUAUGUCUGUGUCUCUUGCCUUGUGUGAUGGUAAGUCACCUGUUGGUGUACAUCAUGGUGUCUGUAUUUGUAGCCGUCUCCUACUCCCCUCCCGUACCACAGCUGCCCCUCCAUUUCAUUGCCACCGGAGCCUCUGCAAACUCAGGGGCUCUUGCAUCCCAUCCAGUCCGUCCCUUCUGGAAUCUCAGACUGGAGGAUGGGGCACUAUGGAACCGCCUCCAGCACAUUUGGGACAGAGAACACAACCCCAUUUUGAGAGGAAACAGCACAUGGUCCACAAGUCAAAGUCUUGAUGCAGAUCAACCCCAGGAGAUAAUAAAAUCCUAUGCCUGUGAACAAGACAAGACUUGGGCAUCUCACCUACCCGACUUUAACACCCUUCCUAAUCAAAUGAAGGAUUUUGUCCUGUCCAUGCACUGCAGGCAUUAUGCUAUCCUUGUGGACCAACCUGACCUGUGUGCAGGACAGGACUCUGAAACACCAUUUCUUCUGAUGGCGAUUAAGUCACAAAUAGGGAACUUUGAAAACAGGCAAGCCAUCCGAGAGACAUGGGGAAAGAGUGGUCCUAUUCAAGAGGGUAGAGGAGGACGAGGAUGGCUUGUACGCACCGUCUUCCUGCUUGCAAGGCAGGACACUGAGACAGGGCCUCAUCCGGAUUUGAGUGCCCUGUUGAAGUUAGAGAGCAGCACCCACGAGGACAUCCUCCUUUGGGAUUUCAAAGACUCGUUCUUUAACCUCACCCUGAAGGAUGUUCUCUUCUGGAACUGGCUUUCAAAGCAUUGUUCUCAGGUUCACUUCAUUUUCAAAGGAGACGAUGAUGUUUUUGUUAGGACUAAGGCUCUGCUGGAUUACCUAGACCAAAUUAGAGUAGAAAAGACACGUGGGAAUAAAACAAAAGGACUGGUUGAUUUUGUUGUGGGGGAUGUUAUUGCCAAUGCCUGGCCCAAUAGGCAGCCCAAUACUAAAUAUUACAUACCUGAAAGCUUCUAUAAGGGAACAUAUCCUACAUACCCAGGAGGCGGUGGUGUAGUUUAUAGUGGUGCUUUGGCCAUGCGUCUGCAGGAGGUUUCUCGUUGGGUCAGCUUGUUUCCUAUUGAUGAUGUUUUCCUGGGAAUGUGCCUUCAUAGACUUGGGGUGCCCCCCACUCAUCAUUCAGGUUUCCUCACUUUUGACCUUCCGGAGGAUGUGCGAGAUAAGCCGUGUGCAUAUCAUAAUGUUCUCCUCGUGCAUAGACGCACGCCAAAAGAAAUGUUAACGCUUUGGAAGGAACUCCAGGUUCCCCCUCGUGAGUGCUAGCAUGAAGCAUGGCUGCUUGUUCAAGAAUUCAAAUAAAGGUAAAUGAUACUGAGGGGACAUGGAGUUCAAUGUUAUUUUAAUUUUACCACAAGGUAUUUUCAUGCCAAUUUGGCAUGUUCAUUUGCAUAAA